CAUUUUAUAGAUUAUUGUUCAUCAGCAUUAAUUUCAUCUGCAAAAGUCAACAACAGUAAUAACGCAUAGCAAAUCCAGAUGCUUAUAUGGUGCCGCGAUAUCUGCGAUGAAGUAUUUAGAUAAUGGCUGAACAAACGAACGCGGACAUUUGUCCAAUACCACUACCUCCUCGCACAGCUCCUCCGGGUGUCAUUACCCGUGUACCAUCCGUUAUCACUUUACCAUUACCCACCGAUAAACAUGCUACAAAUGCUUCAGCACAUUUUGCCCGAAAACUUCAGAUUGUACUGGUAAUGGAUUUGAAGGCUGCAAAAAAUAUGAAAAUACGUGAAAUGGCUUGCAAUGAUGUUCAGAAGGUUGCAGACUCACUGAAUGUUAAUUUAACGCACUUAGAUUUUGAUCGUCUUGAUUUUGGCGAAACAAAUGCUCUUGAUGUGUUUUACAACGCUGAUGUUGCACUGGUCGAUGUUUCCAUUGCGCAACAGCAACCAAGUCUUUGUUAUCAUAUCGGAGUACGUGAGUCCAUGGGCCAAUCAUAUAACAUCAUCCUGACGGAGGAAACUUCUGAAUCACUUGUUAAAGCCCUUAAAAAAACAUUAGCCCACUUACCGCUGAUAGUAUACAUUUUACCGAAUGACAGUUCUUCGUUGGUAUCGGUCGAUAAAACUUCAAAGAUUGAGACUCUGUCGCAAUUAAAAAGUAGUAUUGAUCAAAUAGCUGAAAAGCCGUAUACCAAAUGUGGACGUCUGGUAACAUUCCGUUCACGGAUGAAGCAGGCUUUGAAAAGUGUUCAAAUUGAAGCUUCGGCACAUUCGCGUGAAAAAUUUUUGUCUGAUCUUCGAAAAGCACGUGAAACGCAAGACGUUGCUGAAGCUAAUCGUUUCCUUGACAAAAUGAGACACCGUUUGGAUAAUCCGGAUGUACUAAGUGUUGACACACUUUAUCAGUUCAUGCUCAGCUAUAGAGACUAUCAGAAUUAUGAUGCGAUGAUAAGCCUUUACGAUGAUCUCAGCCGGAUCGAAAAUUGCUCCAUUGUAAACUCUCAGGCUAUACGCUUUCUUUAUGCCUUUGCGCUCAAUAGACGUAAUGAAGAGGGUGAUCGUGAUCGAGCUUUGCAAACGGUAUUGCAAGUAACUUCCAGUUGUAAUGAUGGCGCUGCCGUAUCACCUGAUAUAAUAUGCUUAGCAGGGCGUAUCUACAAGGAUAAAUUCAUUGCUAGUAAUUAUGAGGAUCGUGAAUCAUUGGACAAAGCAAUUGAGUGGUAUCGGCGAGCAUUUGAUCUAUCUCCUUUGGAAUAUUCGGGAAUAAAUUUGAUAACAUUGUUGCGUGCUCGUGGUGAAACAUUCGAAAAUAAUAGUGAAAUGCAACAAAUUGCUGUCGUACUUAACAGUUUACUUGGAAGGAAAGGUGCUUUGGCGAACUUGACCGAGUAUUGGGAUGUGGCCACUUAUUUUGAGGUUUCGGUUCUAGCUGACGAUUAUCCCAAGGCAUGCCAAGCAGCGUUGAAAAUGGCAAUUUUGAAACCACCCAUUUGGUUUUUGAAAUCAACAAUGGAAAAUAUAAAACUGUUGAAUCGUUGCGCUGCAACAAUGUCACCUGUGGAAAAAGAAAAACAGCAGUUUUUAUUUUGGUCAGAAUUUUUCAUGGAAGCUAUCGAUUCAGAAGAGGAAAUUGUUUGCGGGCGUUUUCCGGUUCUUAUUCAAGAAGUUACAAAGCAGUACACACCGAGCUUUUUAACACUGAAUGUAGGCGAGGGUUCGAUCAUUCUCAGUCAUGUGCUGGAGAGCAGUCAGCAAAAGAAACCUCCUCCGGGCAUUCAUCGGUGGCAUUUCACUGCUGCAAAUAUUAAAGCAGUUUCUGCAUCCAAACGUGAUGAUCGUUCUAUGUUCCUUUACGUCCACGAAAAUUCAGAUGACUUCAAUUUAGUGUUCCCAUCAGCUGCCCAUUGCAAUAAGGUAAUGGGUUCGUUGAUCGAAAUGAUUAAUGAAUUGGAUGGUAAUGCAGGCCGUGUUUUGCACGAUUGCGAAGCCCAAAAUCGCUUAGAGUUCGAAUAUGAAUUAACAAACAGUGGUGAUCGUGUGGUACUUGGUCGUGGGACAUAUGGUGUUGUUUAUGCUGGAAGAGAUCUGUCAACACAAAGAUCGAUAGUGAUAAAAGAAGUGGAAGUUAAAAAUGAAGAGGAAGUGCAACCACUGAUGGAAGAGAUUCAAUUACAUUCAACCCUUUCACAUCAGAAUAUUGUUCAGUAUCUGGGGUGUAAACUACUCAAAAAAGAUCAAGGAAAUGAUAUUUUUCAAAUUAUCAUGGAACAAGUCCCUGGAGGCAGUUUAAGUUCUUUGCUGCGCAGCAAGUGGGGUCCACUGUUAGAUAAUGAGAAAACGAUGGCUAUAUAUGGUAAACAGAUACUCGAUGGUUUACGCUAUUUGCACGAUCAGAAAAUAGUUCACCGUGAUAUAAAAGGCGACAAUGUAUUGGUGAAUACAUACAGUGGUGUUUGUAAAAUAUCUGAUUUUGGCACUUGCAAAAGAUUAGCUGGUCUGAAUCCGGUAACAGAAACAUUCGCUGGAACAUUGCAAUAUAUGGCUCCAGAGGUUAUCGAUCAUGGACAACGAGGAUACGGUGCUCCAGCAGAUAUCUGGAGUUUUGGUUGUACGAUGGUUGAAAUGGCUACCGGGCGACCACCGUUUGUUGAACUAGGCUCACCGCAAGCAGCAAUGUUCAAGGUUGGAAUGUUCAAGACUCAUCCACCGAUACCUGAUGGUUUGAGUGAACGAUGCAAACGAUUCAUUCUGAGAUGUUUUGAACCCGAUCCACGGAAACGUGCCACAGCAGCAGAAUUGCUAAUGGAUCCUUUCAUACAACACUUGAUACCACAUUCAAAUCGAGCUGGAAGCGCUAAUAAAAAACAUUUCGGGGCAUGGAAAUAUAAUCGUGAAAUGCAACGCUCAGUAUCCUAUAUGGGCACGCAAGGAGAAGCAGGUAGAGAUACGGAAACAGUGAAGAAUUUACACUUGUUAAUUGAAAGUGCAACAGCUCCACGUCUUACAUCAUAUCAACUGGAUCAUAAUACCACCAGUCCAAAUUCUUGCAAUUUACAACUAAGCCAACCUUCAUCACCAAUCAUCGAUGAUAAUAAUACUCAUUCGCAGUUGAAUUCAUCAUCACUGUUAGGUAGUCCGUCUGUGAAUGGUGCUGUCCCAUCAUUUACAAAUUCCACUUUGUUAAAUCGGACUGCUUCCGAUGAAAGUGGAAUGUCUUCGCGCUUCUUCAUGCUUAAGAAAGAUUCCGAGCGGCGCAAUACUUUAGCUCGUUUCAUGUUGGAUUAUAAAAUCGAGAUUAUUGAUAACUGGUAUGAGCAUCUUACAAAGAGUCAGCUUACGGGUGAUUUAGUUGUCACAAAGGAGAUGCUGCUAACUUUGUUGCUUGGCAUGCGCAAUUAUUUAUUGUCAAAGGAUACAGCUCCUAUACAGGAUGCAAUUGAUACGGUUCGAGCACAACUUGAUUUCGAGCCCGCCGCAAUAUCACAAGUUAAUCUUGCACUGUAUGGUUUUUCAGAAGCAGUGCAACCAUCACUUCGUCAACAAACCAUCAAACCACAUUGGAUUUUUGCCCUUGAUAACCUGAUACGUAGCGCUGUGCAAGCUGCUGUUAGUAUUCUUUCUCCAGAUCUGUCAGCAAUGCUGUCGGUACAGGAUGCACCGGGUAAUCGCAUGUCAUCAGUAUCUCGUGAAAGUGCUGGCUCUCAUAGUGAACAUUCAACCGUGGAUAGUCGAUCGUGUUCUGCAUCUCGUGGUAUUACAAGAGAAUCGAUGUGGGGUAAUUUUUCACCGGAAAUGCGCAAAGAGAUGCGAGCACUGGUUGAUGAAAAUAGGAGGUUGUUUGAGGAGUUGGUUACCGUUGAACGUGAAUACAACGAAUUACUUCAGACUACUUUGAAGGAGAAAAGAUUGCGUGUGGAACGUUUAUCUGACUUAUUGUCUGAUAACGAUAAUACACCAAGUAAUCAACAACUGCCAACACCACCAUCGCUGCCAUCGGGUUUUUUCUCGUCACCGUUGGUGCUGCAAACCAAAGCGAGUUCUAAAUCUUCUCCAAUAUGCACACUGGGGACUUUUCAGUCCUUGGAACAAGAACCAUUCAAUCGUGCUGAAACUUCUUUAAAUGUUCGAGAUAACGAGUUAGCUCAGUGGCUGCGUUCUAUUGGAUGUGAUAAUACUACAAUUGGGCGAAUUCAGGAGGAAGAAUAUACAAAACAGGAUCUUCUCGACUUUGUCACUCGAGAAGAUUUGAUGAAGCUUAAUCUGAGAGGUGGUAUAGUGUGCCGUAUUUGGCGCAAAAUUUUGCAAAAUCGUGGAAACCAACGAUUUACCGGUUUUUCAACUCCAACGGGUUCCCAUUCAAGACAUAGCUCAUCAGAGGAUUUUCAUUCGAUGCCCAAUGAUCAAGAAAUAUUCACCGUAACCGAACUGAACAAAAUAUGACCUCUGUAUUCUGUAGUGUGCAUAUACACAUAACAUUGUUGGAAAUUUUUCGCUAUCAGCAGCUCAGAAAUGGCCUAUACAAUUGCCAUCUUUUGAAUAUGGACCGCCUAAUCUACUUGUAAGAUUCUUAAAAUUGUCAAUGCGGUACUUCACCACAUUUUGGAACAACAGCUACAACCAAGCAUGCUAGCCCCAACAGGAUGAUGAUUGAACCGGAUUUUGUGAAAGAUAAGUUAUUAAUACGUAAUAUGGGUAUUGAAAUUUAAAUGAGAAAUGUGGUUAUAACUUUUUUUU